AACUAAUCAAAACCGAUCACAAUAUGUUAUGUUCUUUGGUGGUUUUGACACCGGUUUUAUCCUACGUGACGGCUGAGUCAGCGUGGGACCCCACAUGUCAGGCUGAGUCAUCUCUCUCCCCCUUCCGCCUCAGGGCCCUAUCCCAUUUCCCAACGGACGAGACCGCAUCGCCACACUCGCGUCGCGAACGAAGCAGCGUCCGCCGGCGGCGAGAUGGAGGCUGUCGCGUCGCCGCCGCUCCUCGCCUCCUUCUUCCUCUCCCCUCCUCAUCCAACGUCGGCGGUUGCGGCGGCGUGCUGCUCCCGGCGGAACACCUCCUGCGCCCACCCACCCAGCCCUGGAGGCCUCGAGGCCGCCGUCGCGGAGGUCAAGGCUGCCCCCGACCCCGUCCCUGCACUCAUCAGUCUUCAGUGGUUUCCAUGUUCAAUCAGGCGAGGAGGGCCUCCUGCAAUUGAUUACAUAGAUCGUCGUUGCUUUCUUCAAUCUAUCUCCAAUGUUUCUUCAAUCUCCAUGGAUCGUGUGAUUGAAGCUAGCAGGGGCAGGCAGGCCACCAAUGCCAACGCGAUGCUCAGCAGAGUCGAUCUCCUCUGCGAGGAGCAUCCAUCUUCGCGUUCUGCUCUCCAAGAACGACCCACUCACCUGCAUCAAGCUGUCCUGCGUCAUCUCACUCUGUGCAUUGCCUCUGCUGAUUUUCCUAUGUGGGGAGAUGAACCGGCUCGCUGACGGCAUCUUCGAUCACUCUGAAAACACAACCUCACACGCUGCUGCUCCUCCCACUACCAGUUUCAACUUAGGAAAAACCGGUGAUUCAUUCAUUCAGAUCGCAUGCAGCCUUGUUCUACAACUGUUCAUGGAUCACUUCAGAUAUUCAGAUCGGAGAAUCUUUGCGUCCUUGUUCUGAUUUGCUUGCAUUGUUUCCUCAAUUGUUUGACCGUGAGGCGCGGGUGGAGCGAGUACGUGCAGCAGCCGGUGCUCCCGGCGAACCUCGCCAACGUGCUCGUCUGCUUCAACGUCGCCCUCGCUCCCGGCGCGCUCAUGACUACCUUCCUCAUCCACCAGGGUGAGAUGACGCGCAUGGUUACCAUUGCUGACAAAGCUCGUCUUGUUAAUGGUGUGUGUGGUGUGGGUAGGCGUGAGGCCGUCGGUGAUUGGCGCGUUCAGCGGCUCGUCGGCGGCGGUGCUCACCGUCAAGUACCUGCCACGGCGGUGGUGCGUUCUGAACCCGAACGUGACGGACGACGGCGCCUCCCUCACAUUCUGCCCUGCCGGGCGCCGCGGCGGCUCGUGGACGACCGGCAGUAGGGCACGCGAGCGAGCGCGGCGGCGGCUGCUGCUGGCGCCCUGUCGCCGCCCAACUCCGGCGGCGCCCUCCCCCUGCUCCGCUUCGCGCGGAGAACCGCGCCGAUCUGCUCCGCUUCGCCCGCCGCCCCUGCCUGCUUCGUCCGCGCGCCCGUCUCGGCCCCAUCCCCUACCCGCUGAAGAAACAAGAGAAGAGAAGAAAAUAAAAGAGAAAAGAGAAGAAAAGGGAAGAAAGAAGAGAUGACGUGGCAUCCUGACAUGUGGGGUCCACACUGACUCAGCUGCCACGUAGGAUAAAACUAGGGUCAAAACCAUCGAAGGAUCUAUUGUGACCGGUUUUGAUUAGUUAAGGGACGCUUGGGGGUGAUUUUGUAACUCGAUAACGAGUUGAGGGACCUUCAGUGUACUUAUUCCUAUUAGAAAAGCUACAUGCGUUCGCGUGUCUGGGCCUCCCCGUUUCACAACACCAGACCGCCCCGGUUGACAAAGCCCAUUUAGGAGACGGCCGCUUCAUGGCAGAGGCCCAACGCCUUCGCCCAUCACUGCGCCAGCCGCUAGCUUAG